CGUACUGUUCGAGGCCCUGUGUUAUAGGCUACGUAAAUCGUGUGUUUUUUUAUAAAGUUCUUACGUUUCAGUCUGAUUAUUUCCUAAAAGAGAAUAAGCAUUCUUCACGAUAUCACGAAUGAUUUUUUUUAUAAUUUGCGACUGACGGUCGUAAAUAAUUUAAUCUGUUCGUGACAAAAUAAGUGCGAGACACGCGAAUGAAUAGAAGUAACAUUCCAUCGCGUUUACGCACAUACGUUUAGGUACCUACAUUAUUUGAACGCGUUACGAUCAAUUAAAACCACUAACGAGAGAAACUCAUAAAUGUGAUUUCAUCGAAAAGAGAAUGGCAGGAGUAUUUGACAUAGAAUUGCAUGAAGGAGAUUCCGUAAAUCAAGACGAGUCGGACAAUGAUAUUCUUGAAAGCAAAGAAGAUGAAUACAAUCACGCCACAAACGCAGACACUAUAUUAGAAUCUGAUAAUUUAGAACGAGUUCAAUUAUCAGAACAAAAUGUCAACCCAGGACAGGAAAAGACUGGACCCCAAGACUUUGAAUUGUGCAAGAUUCUUGGGGAGGGUGGAUAUGGAAAAGUUUUUCAAGUGAAAAAAGUUACCGGGAAAGACAAAGGCAGUAUUUUUGCUAUGAAGGUAUUACGAAAAGCCUCUAUUAUACGAAAUCAGAAAGAUACAGCUCACACAAAGGCAGAAAGGAAUAUUUUAGAGGCUGUAAAACAUCCAUUCAUUGUAAAUCUAAUGUAUGCUUUUCAAACUGGAGGCAAAUUAUAUUUAAUUUUGGAAUACCUUUGCGGCGGAGAACUUUUCACAUACUUAGAUAGAGAAGGCAUUUUCUUAGAAGAUACUGCUUGUUUUUAUUUAUCUGAAAUCAUACUUGCGUUGCAACAUCUUCACAAUCAGGGUAUUAUAUACAGAGAUUUGAAACCAGAAAAUAUUUUAUUAGACAGUGAAGGUCAUGUUAAAUUAACAGACUUUGGUUUAUGCAAAGAACAUAUACAAGAAGGUACAGUGACACAUACAUUUUGUGGAACUAUAGAAUACAUGGCGCCGGAAAUUUUAACGAGAAGCGGACAUGGUAAGGCUGUUGACUGGUGGAGUUUGGGUGCGCUAAUGUUUGACAUGCUUACUGGAAUGCCACCAUUUACAGGAGAUGAUAGAAGGAAAACAAUUGAAAAAAUUUUACGGGGAAAACUAAGUCUCCCGCAAUAUCUAACACCAGAUGCAAGAGACUUAAUACGAAAAUUAUUAAAGAGACAAGUGUCGCAAAGAUUGGGAUCCGGUUUCGAAGAUGCUGAACAAAUUAUGAAUCACAACUUUUUUAAGCAUAUUAAUUGGCAGGAUGUAAUUUCACGAAAACUAGAACCACCCUUCAAACCAUCGUUAAAAAGUGCCGAUGACACAUCGCAAUUUGACGAACAAUUUACGGCAACUAUACCAGUCGAUUCUCCGGUUGAAAGUACUUUAAGCGAAUCUGCUAAUAUGAUAUUUCAAGGUUUUACAUAUGUGGCGCCAAGCGUUCUAGAGGAAAUGUAUUCGCAACCAAGAGUUGUAAAUGCUAGAAGUCCUCGAAAAGGUCUUUUAUGUACAGGGUUUAGCGGAAGUCUUCACAGCUUGUCGCCAAGAUCACCUGACGCCCAUCUUCGUACACCUCAUUUUAAUCACCACAGGCAUCAUGUAGUAGAUUCAAAUAAUAUGGAAGAUACCGAGAUGACAGAUGUAAGUCAACUAUCGAAUCGUGACAGAAGUAUGCGAGAAAACGUUGUCCUCCGACUUUAAACUUGGAGAAAUGUUCGCAGCA